AUGUGGAAAUUAUUGAAUAUUAGAAAUGCAGCAACACCAACUUUUAAAGCGGUGAAUUCCACAUCGUCAGCAGCAUCUUCUGCAGCACCUAUAAAUCAAUCUACGACAUCUUCAUCGAAUGUGAAUAGUAAUCAUAAUAAUAAUAAUAGUAGUUCGAUUGGUAGUACGAAAUCAUUGUUGCCUCUUGUUGUUGCACCAAGCUUUGUACCAUCAUCAGCUACCACUAAAAAGAUUAUCAAUACAAGUCUUCUUGUUGUAAAUUCAAAUGACGCAACCUUGAAAUCAACAAUAGCUACUUCAAAUACAACAACAUCAACCGUUUACAACAAUCAGUUUUUGGUAAACAACAAUAUCAAUAAUAGAUCUUAUUCCUCUGCAUCUUCAUCUGCUUCACAAUAUACAAACAAUUCCCCUCCAAUAUUACAACAACAACAACAACAAAAUCAUCAUCAUCAACAACAACAAAACUUACAUGAACAAAAUCAAGCAUAUAUACAACAUAAUACGAAGAGUGAAAAAGAUAUAAAUAGCAGUAGAUAUAAUAAUGAUUUCAUAACAGUAUCACAGAUUGGUAAAGGAGGUUUUGGUGUUGUUUAUAAGUGUUUAUGUCUUUUAGAUGAAGUGGAGUAUGCCGUAAAGAAAUUGGAUUUCUUAAAUGGAAGUAAGCAGGCGAGGAAUGUAUUGAAAGAAGUUAGAAUAAUGGCAAAGCUAUCACAUAAGAAUAUAAUAAGAUAUCAUAAUUCAUGGUUGGAAGCUAAAUCGAAUCUAGCAAACAAUAUUAGUAUUGAUAAUAAUCAAAUAACAGAUCCAUCUUUAUCAACCUCUUCCAGUACCGACUCACUUACAGUCAAUAGUAAUCAUGUACUAUGUUCAUCGGUAGGUGACGAGAUCGAUUGGAAUACAAUAGAUUCAACUACAGCUUCAUUAUCAUCGAUGUCUUCAUUUAGAAGUAGUGACAAUGAAUAUAUUCUCAAACAUCAGAAUAAUCAGUAUAAUCAUGAUAGCAGUGCAGACGUUCAUUGUCAACAAAAUAAAUCAAUAACUAAUAGUGCUUCACAGUAUCUAUUCAUUCAAAUGGAGUUGUGUUCGAGUACAUUGCGUGGUUGGAUACAAUCAAAGUCUGUCGCAACUCAAUCACGUUUGUCAGAGUAUAAGGAAAUCAUUAAACAGCUAUUGAAAGGUCUAUCCUAUUUACAUUCAAAGGGAGUGGUACAUCGAGAUAUUACACCUGACAACUUGUUCAUCGAUUAUUAUCCAGCAUCAGCUAACAGCAACAACAAUAACAACAGCAUGGUCAGUAAACCAAGGUUGAGUUUGAAGAUUGGAGAUUUUGGUCUUGCGACAACUCAAGAUUCACUUAGGAAGAACGGUAAAAGAAAAUCGGUUGGCACAAUAUUGUAUAGUAGUCCAGAGCAGGAGGAAGGCAUUGCCUACAAUGAAAAAACAGAUAUAUACAGUGUAGGUGCUAUCUAUUACGAAUUGCUUUCCAACUUUAAUACGACAAUGGAGAGGGUAGUCUCUCUCUCGAAUUUAAAAAAGUCACUCUCACUUCCUGUUUGUUUUAAGUUGCUCUAUCCGAUCGAAUCGAUAUUUAUCGAAAAGAUGGUUCAGCAUCAUUCCAAUCGACCUACUUCUUCUCAGCUUAUAAAUGAUAGCAUUUUAAAUAUAGCCUAA